AUGGCAGACGAGGUGGGAGUGCACCGGCUCACGAACCGCGACCGCAACAAGCCCCGAGCCGACAAGGCGCUGUUGAUGCGCGCAGGCGUCUUGAUGGAGCGGCGCACCGAUCGGGAGCGUGACGCUUUCGUCGCCCGUCUGGAACGCGCCGAGCAGGAGCUGGAGAAGGCGCGGCAAGACGGGGCCGUCGCGGCCGCCAUGGCGUUCACGACCGGUGGACCCGCCGUCAAGGUCCUUCAGCGCGAGGUGGGAGUACUGCGGGCCAAGCUCGCCGAGGUCGAGCUCGCGCCGCCGACCGCCUCCGCCUGCAACACUCACCACUGCCCGUCCUCGUCCGAUUCGUCCGCCCUCGGCACCCCGACCCGCAUCGCCGAGCUCGAGGACGAGAACCGCCGCCUGUCGCUCAGGAUCAAGGAGAUCGAGCUCAAGACUCGGGAGACGAGCGCGUCGAGCUCGAGGGCCCGCAACGGCGAUGCCGGGGCGGCGUGCAGGCCGUGCGAGGAGCUGAGCGACGCGGUCGAGCGGCUCAAGGGCAGGCUCGACGUGCUCACUCAGGACAACGUCAAGCUCUCGUCGGACCUCAAGCUCGCCCGCGCCAAACUUAACGAGGGCCCCGACGAGAACGUCAAGACUCGCACGCUCGAGAACCAGCUCGACGACGUCAAGACGAAGCUCGCCGCAGCUGUCGCCGUUCGCCAAGCCGAGGCCCAGCAGCAGAAGAGCCGUGUCGUCCAGCUCGAGGACGCCCUGAGCCGCAAGGAAAAAGAGCGCCUCGAGGGCGUGCGCGAGUGGCAGGUCAAGUACUCGACGGCGCUGCGCACGAGCUCGAAGCAGGACGAGUCGACCAGGAUCAAGGCGAGUCGCUACGACGCCCUCCUCACGAGCGUCCGCCUGUCCGAGGACGAGGUGUCGCAGCUCCUCGACGACCCCGACACGCCGCCGAUCCGCCAGCACUUGCCCGACCUGUCGCUCCUCGACCUCCUGUGGCUCCUCACCGACCAGCACGACGAGCACGCCGCCGCAAUUAAGGUGCUCGAGGACAAGCUCGAGCGGUGCGAGGCCGAGCGCGCGAGGACGCACAAGCAGGCGGCGGCGCAGGUUAAGGAGGAGAGGGAGCGGCUGCAGGGGACGAUCGACGAGCUGCAGGGGCGACUUGACUCUGAGGAGAGUCGCCAAAACGGAUCGGCCGCAGCUCGCGACGUCUCGGUUCCUCGUCCUCCUCUCAGCACGACCGCUGCCUCCAGCACGCCCUCGCCCGUCGUCAUGGACCGCCUGACCAGCACGAUCGCGAGCCUCAGCGACGAGGUGUCGCAGCUUCGCGACGAGAACAUGACCCUCCUCCUCAAGCUCGCCGGCGCCGACGACUGA